UAAAUUACUAAUCUGUGGGCACAGAUUACAAAUACAGAGGCCUAACGCGUCCAUGUACAAAAUCAAUAAUCAAUUUCAUUCAAUUCGCAAAAUGGCGGACGGAGGCGUGGAUAUAGAUUUGUACGCCGAUGAUAUUGAAUCUGAUUUUAAUAGACAGGAUGACUUUGGAGGUGAAAAUGUGGAUUUGUACGACGACGUGAUCGCGGCACCGAAGAACGAGGAUGGAGAUGGGCCACCCAACGCCGGACCACCGCAGCACCCACCGGAGGAAACAAACGGCUCCGUUCCAUACCAUCACAACGCUCCCAGUCACGGCCAUCAUGGCCGACGCUUCCAACUUUACGUCGGCAACCUCACUUGGUGGGCGACCGAUCAAGAUAUCGCUAACGCGGUCGCCGAUAUCGGCGUAUCGGACUUUCAAGACGUGAAGUUCUUCGAAAACAGGGCAAAUGGACAGUCGAAGGGAUUCUGCGUCAUAUCGCUGGGUUCCGACCAGUCCACCAGGAUGGUCCUCGAUCGACUGCCAAAGAAGGAGAUCCACGGUCAGCAUCCAGUGGUCACACCGCCCUCUAAACAGGCUUUGAAUCAGUUUGAGAGUCAGUCGAAGACCAGGUCUACACCCCCCGGACCGAACGGUCCAGGCAUGAGAGGUCCGCAUCCAGGGGGCCCGCCCGGACCCCAUCCUGGAGAAUUCUUUGGCGGUGGACCGAACGGACCGGGGCCGAAUGGCCCGCGGAUGAUGAUGCCCGGCCCAGGGCCCCACCACCAACUGCGAGGGCCCCCGCCCGGGCCGCACGGCCCGCCGCCGCACCACAUGCCGCAGCACCAAGGGCCCCCGCCGCACCACAUGCCACCGCACCAGGGCCCACCACCGCAUCAAGGCCCGCCUCAACAUAGGCCACCAAUGCAGUUCCAGGGCCCGCCGCAAAUGCAACGCGCCCCCGGGGGUCCGCCCGGAGUCCCGCGCGGCGGCCCCGACUGGCCAAGACCCCACCACAUGCCGGCCCCCGCUCCGCAGUACGGGCCCCCGCAGCACCAGAUGCCGCAUCAAAUGCCCCCACCGUCGUCGCACGCGAACGCGCCCGGUCGGCCGGGCCCCGGCGGCGACUGGAACGACGACCCCCGGCCGCACAUGCCGCCGCACGCGCACGGCCCCCCGCCGCACCACGGGCCGCACCACCUGCCUCCGCUGUCGCCGCGCGCGCCGCCCGGGCAGGGCAUGCCGCCCCCUCACCACCAGCUGCCGCCGCACCAGCAGGGCCCGCCGCGGGGCCCGGCACCGUUGCCGCAACAUCCGGGUGGAGCCCCCGCGCCGCACGUGAACCCCGCGUUCUUCAACCAGCAGCCCCCAGUACAGGCCGCGCCGGCCGUGCAACCGCCGCCGCAGCCCGCACCGCCCGGACCAGGCGCUCCAUACGGGCACCCGGCGCAUGGAGGGCCGCCGCCCGCGCAGGGCCCGCCGCCCGGCGCCAGACAGCCCUACGGAAGACCGCCAGCGAGCUACCCCGGUGCCGCAGAAGCGCGUCCCCCCCACCACCCAGCUCCGUUAGGUCCGCACGCGCCGCCGCACGCCGCGCACCCAGCGCACGCCGCACACGCGCCGCACCCGGCCAUCAGCGAGGCAGAGUUCGAGGAAGUGAUGAGCCGCAACCGCACCGUCUCGUCGAGCGCCAUCGCGCGCGCCGUCAGCGAUGCGGCCGCCGGCGAGUACGCGUCCGCCAUAGAGACGCUCGUCACCGCCAUCUCGCUCAUCAAGCAGAGCAAGGUCGCGCAUGAUGACCGAUGCAAGAUUUUGAUCUCAUCGCUCCAAGACACGUUACACGGUGUUGAGACGAAGUCGUACGGGGGUGAGAGGCGGCGCUCGCGAUCCAGGGAGAGGGAUGCGAGGGCGCACCACCGCGCGCCGAGGCGCCGGGAGCGGUCCGCAUCACGCUACCGGGACAGGUCUCGUGACAGGGAAGAUCGGGAUAGGUACAGGGAAAGGUCGAGGGAGCGCGAUCGUGAACGCGAGCGUGGUGAUGCGUACUACAGGGAUUACCGUGAGAGGGAACGCGACAGGUCCAGGUCUAGGGAGCGCGAGCGUGCUGAACAUUACAAUAGAGGACACAGCCGAACAGAAGAAAGGCCACGCAAGUCGAGCCCAGUGGAGCCGGCGGUGGAGAGCAGCGCGGGCGAUACCAGCACCAGCAAGAGCCGCACAGCCGCUGCGCCGUACUACGAAGAACGCUAUCGCGAGCGGCGCGACCGCGACCCGCCACCGGCGGAGCGUGACCGCGACCGCGACCGCGAGCACCGCCGCGAUGCGCGUCACUAGCAUCCAAAUAAGCUGACGCCUGGUGACACGGUCCCCGUCGCUGAGCUGUAGAACAACCUUCAAUAGUAUGACCUCGAUUACAACAGUUACCACAAUACCAGCCACUAACUGCAGACAAAAUAGCUUGCGUGACACAGUGACACGGCCCCGGCGAGCACAGAACCAUUGCAUCGCCAUGCAGCAACCUUGCGACUCACGACAUCUCGUAAAAACAAAUCGACUAUCAGCGUUGAACUGGAAAUAUCGCUCUCUUUCGUUGCGUUUUAACUAGAUAUGUCGUGGCGCGCAUGUUAGGCUUACAGCGGACAAGUUGGCUUGAUUGUAACGGUGACACAGCCCCCGGCGAGCUCAAACCGUCACAGUGUCAUAUAACAAGCUCUACAACAAUACUAAGUGGUAUGACCUCGUUUACGACAGUUAUAACACCGCCAGUUUCUGUCGUUUUUUUUUCAUCGAGUCGUAGCUUGCAUACCGAACGGUACGGAACAACAGUGCAUUGACAUUUUUUUCAAUACUAGAUGUUUUUUACAUAUAGAUAUCGUUAUUUUAGGUUUUCAAGUGUCGUGAGUGUUAGCAAGUCAUGUUUGCAAAAACGCAAAAGCAUUUUUUGGUCUUGUUAUGUACCUAUAAUAAUAAAUUGGCCUCGCGCUGGUCAAAUAUGUUACAAAAACUUAUUUUGUUUGAAAUUCUCUAAUCUCUACUUCUGUAAUUAUAUUUGAAGAUAAACAUGUACAAAGAAAAAAACAUUAAAAUAGGUAAUUUAAUUAUUUGUGUCAAGGUCAUGCGUGCACACUUAAUAAUAUUGACAAUAUAUUGUCAAUAAAGUAUUUCUUAAAGAGGAAAUUUUCCAAGGAAAUAAAAAAAUCUUACAACUUACCAUACUACCCUUAGGGAUUAACGAAGCUGUAAUUUUAUAUCAAAGAAUCAUAAAAUCUUUGUUAAUGUUCUUUUUUGUUAAAGUUACGCAGAUAAAACAGGCUUUCUACUAUUUAUAGUACAAAGACUGACUCAAGUUUUAUUUAUUAUAAAAUAUAUAUAAUACAACUUCAAGACGAUCUUAGACGUUGACAUAAAUUUCUCUAAAACCCCUAGACGCGCGUGACUUUGAAAAUCCCACCUUAGUGUGAGAUGUUUAUAACAAAUUUUUGUAUACUUAGAUAUAUAACAGAAUUUUCUAAAAUAACGAUAAAAAUGCUUUUAAAUAAAUAGAACAAAUAAAAUACAGAUUAAUAAUAAUUUACGUAAUAUGGGAUGAAGAUUUUUCAUAAUAUACUGUAUUGUAGAUUUGUCGAUAUUUAUGUCAUUUCAUAUUAUUUAAUUAUGGUUGGUGAACAUUCCAACGUUUUGAGGUUAAUCUUACAUUAACACCGUAAUAUCUAUUGUGUUACUUUUGUUGAAAAUAACUGUAUAAUUAAAAGAAAAUAUGUAAAUGUAAGUUAGUAUGUAACUUUGGUAUUGAAUAGGAUUUUAAUAAAUAAGUAGAGUGUUAGUUAGUUUGCUAGUGAUUUAAGAAUUUUUCGUAUGGAUAUGUUCCAUACAUAUUAUUGACACUGAUCAUUAUUCGGAUUUAUUUCUUGAAAUAAAUUGCUGUAUAAUUUAA